GGCUUUAUUCAUAUGUAUUUGAUUUCAUUUUCUAGGAAAUAUGGCUUUAAACACACUGAUCGCGUUCACGACAAUACUGCUGUCAAUAUUCGUGGUUACAACUUUUGCGAGGGAACAAAACAAACCAGGCGAAUUAUAUAAGUUAUGUGGCAACGAUUUUAUCGCGGCCUAUCAGGAUUGCUGCGAUUAUGGUUACCCAAAGUGUGCCAGUAUGGCCUCAAGUGAUGGCAAAAUUGAGGCCCUGGAGAGAAGAGGUGGGUGAAGGGGGUAAGGGUGCACAGAUUAACUUGGAGGUGGGGGUUGGAAUAGUAGGGGGCGAGGUGGCCAACAUGGUCAUGAGUUGGGAGGGUAGGAUUAAAGUCGUUAAAAAGAGGUGGGUGCAAGGAGUAAUCUGGGAUGGGUUAAAGGUAAGGAUUCACGCUGGGAGGUGGGGUUGAAAUAAUGGAGGGCAAGGUGCCCAGCCUGUCCCAGCAUGGCCAUGAGUGCGGAUGCACAUCUGCACGUAGGAUGGAGGUCGUGAAGAGGUGGGUAAAAGGUGCACGGGGUAACCUGGGUAACUAAAGGGUAAGAGUACACACCUUAAUUGGGAGGUGGGAGUUGAAAUAUUAGGGCAGAGGGGUUCCCAGCAUGUGCCCUUACUGAAAAAAGGCGCGGUCUAAAAUGUGUUUAAAAAACUCAUUAAUAAUUCAUGAAGAAAACACAAAAGAAAUCAUGGGCGUGAAGGAGUCUGUAUAUGUGAUACAGAUUCAUGUUGAUUUACAUAAACUUUAACUGUGAUUUUCUCGGCUUAGACAACGUUUAUUUUUAAAAUUACUUCGCCAAUGAACUCAUAAGAUGAGUCGUUUUUUAAGCCAUUUACAACAUUCGCGUCCGUGUUGUAUCGGAUAUACAAACUCUCGCCUUCGGCUCGAGUUUGUAUAUCCGAUACAACACGGCCGCUCAUGUUGUAAAUAGUACAUAUAGAAUUCGCUCAAAAUACGCAUCUAUACAAAGUCCUUCAACUCAUACCGAUGUUGCUUCUACCCACAGGUAAUCCUUUGAUGCCAUCGAGAGUGGCCAAGAAUUUCCUGGGUGCAAUACGGAAGCGCGGUCUUGGGGCCGACAGCGGUACUGCUGCGGUCGAAGAGUGCUGUAACGAGGGCUGUGACUACCAAGAGAUUGCUGAGUAUCAAUGUUUCUCGUGAACUACAUCAAGUGAUUGACACAAAUAGACAAAUUAUUGUUGAUUUUAUAGAGUGAUAGUAGCAUAUAGGAACAAUCGUUAUUGAGAACAGUAAGGGUAUUACAUAAAAACACGCAUAAGUUGUAACAAACCUGCAGUAGACUUGUAGCAAUGCUGUUCCAAAAACUUGUCAACAGGAUUUGUUCGCACUGCUUGUUCACAGCUUGUUGACAUGUUGUCAACGGCUUGUUGACAACUUGCUACAAGGUUGCUGAGCUCAACAACCUUGUUACAAGUUGUUCCAACAACUUUUUAUCGUCCUGCAAUUCUACAAUUUGUCAACAAGUUGUGAAUGUUGUCACUCAUAACUUGUUGACAAAUUGUUGAAUUGCAGGACGGUAACAAGCAACAACUUGAUAAAAUAACAACAGUGUUACAGCUUGUUGACAAGCUUGCUACAAGCCUGUUGCGAACACAUGUUGUUGACGAGAUUUUUACGUGUGUACUGAAAAAUUCAAUACAUAGUUCAAUGGUUUUAUUAAGGCUUUAAAAUUUAUCGGUAUAUCUUAUACAUUACUUGAGGAAUAUAUAGAGUUCAUUGAGGUAGACGGAUAUUGUGUGGAAUAUAUAUAUAUAUAUAUGCUUUCCAUAAGUGCAUGGUAGUUAGAUAGAAUAUAUUUGAAAAUAGCAAAUAAAAUAAUAAUAAUAAAUAUGCUGGCAUUUCUGCCAUUGCAC